AUGGCUACUUUCGAGUCCCAUUACGAGAUCUUGGGUGUUGAGCGAAGUGCUUCUGUCAAACAGAUCACCAUUGCGUAUCGCAAGCUCGCACUUAAGCACCACCCGGACAAGAACAAGGAGGAUCCCACAGCGACUCAAAGAUUUCAAAAGAUUUCCAACGCUCAUGACAUCCUCAAAGACGACAAGGCUCGCGCUCAUUACGACUCGAACCUUUCUCAUCUCAAAGCUGCAUGGGAAGCUCAGCAAGCAACAGAAGCUAAGCAGCAGCGACGUCGUCAGUCCAAGCACUCUCGCAAAAUCGCCGAACUCGAAAGAAAGAAAGGCUUGAUUUUGAAGUGCAUUCAUCUUCAGAACGUUGAGCUCCGCCGUCUCCGCUCAUUGUGGGACAAAUUACACUCUGGUGAAAUCCCAGAGGGCUUUGAAGAAUUUCAGCUCUAUGGCGGAGACAAGCAAGAAGUGUACAUGGCCAUUCGCGGCAAGCUUUGUGAACUCUUGCAUGACCUCACGAAAAACAAGAUGGAACCGGCAAAUUACAUCUUGGUUGAGCUCGCAACAGCACUCAAGCGCUACCAGAAGUAA